AUGCAGCCUGCACUGGCGCCAGCGCCGCAUCCAAACAUGCAGACUUCUGCUCAGGACCACGCAGACCAGGUCCUUCAUGACCAGCUUCUAGCUGCACAGCACCACCUGGGUGCUCGCACCCAGGGCGCUCCAGGCCAGCAGCAGCACCUGCAGCCCAGCAGUGCUAGCCCUCGUGAUCAACCAAACAUUGACCCUGCCAUCUCGGGUGCCAUGCUCGGCGCCCCGCAGACUCCCACCCAACCCCAACAAGGGUCUCCUCCAUCCGAUGGAGGCAGUAAAAGCUAUGGCAAGCGCGAGCUGUCCACAUCCAAGCGAGCUGCACAGAACCGCGCUGCCCAGCGCGCAUUCCGCCAGCGCAAGGAAACCUAUAUCCGCAAGCUGGAGGAAGAGAACAAGAGCAUCGAUCCCCUCAAAGACCAAGUAAGGAUCCUGGCGGGUGAGAACUAUCAGCUGCGCGAGUAUAUCAUCAACCUGCAAUCUCGCCUCCUCGAAGCUCAAGGCGAUGUCCCUGACCUGCCAGCCAACAUCGACUUGACACAGCCCCGCACCGCCGAGAUGGCGCUUGCAUCUGCCGGUGUCCAUAACACCAGUCCCUCAGGCUCGGUUCCUGCCGCUGUCCCUCAGGGCCAGCACCCUAAUGUCACUGAUGAUAUGAACUCUCUCAACCGAAUUGCUGCUGCGACACUAGGCAUGCGCAAGCACCCUGACGACACAAGCUUCCUCAAUAACAACCUUCAACAAACCAAGCGUGUGCGUACAGAUGAUAACCAGGGUGAUGUGAAUGAUGGCGUGACCAAGCAGGAGCAUGUUAUGCCUAUGGGGAACGGAUUGCCAUGA